GGAGCGACCCGAUCAGUUGGGUCCAGUUUGCAGUUAGUGCACACCGGGACGCAGGCUCCUCUCCGGAACGCACUAGACUCUGAGCUCCGGACGCUGGGACAGGCUUCCCGCCGACCGCCCCCGCCGCGCGCGGGCUGCGACACAGUCCGCAGGACGCGGCCAUCGGCCCGGGGGCGCCCGAACGGCCCCUCCCCGAGGGGGAUGCCUUCCCGCGACUGCCCCCAGACCUGCAGCCCCUGGGGUCACCUGCAGAGCCGCCCACCUGGCCCUGGGCCCCCGCAAAUGGUGUCUCGAGGCACGAAAACCAGCACCCACCGUCCUCUGUGCCAGCCUCAGCCAGGAGCCCCAAGAAUAAGACCCAAGAAGAUUGUAUUUGAAGAUGAAUUGCCCUCCAGGGCUCUCCUGAACACCAGGAAACCUAUUGUCACCCUACCUGGGGGGCCUAUGCCCAGGCCCCACUCAGUGCCUGACUAUGAGCUUAAGUACCCACCUGUGAGCAGUGUGAGGGAACGCAGGGCAUAUGCUGCCGUGUUCCAGGACCAGUACACAGAGUUCUUGGAGCUCCAGCAGGAAGUGGGCUCUGCGCAGGCAAAGCUGCAGCAGCUGGGGGCGCUGCUGGACUCCCUACCCCCGCCCCGAAGCCAGAAAGAGGCCCAGUUUACUUCUCGGGUCUGGAGGGAAUUUGAGAAGAAGCAGAUGGACCCCAGCUUCCUGGACAAGCAGGCUCGCUGCUGCUACCUGAAGAGCAAACUGAGGCACCUCAAAAUGCAGAUCCAGAAAUUUGACAGCCAAGAAGACAGUCAGGGCUCAGUGUACUUCUGAGCGUCCUGGCAGGCAGGCAUGACAACGGGGGCGGGGGGGGGCGCCCACCCUGCGCCUGCUGCUUGUCCCACCUCGCAGCCUUAGCACUUGCUGUUGAACCUAUUCCAAGACCUCCAGCCAUGACCCCAUGGGGACCCUAGAUUCACCCUAUCCUUCCCAGGAAUCAGGUUCCCACUCUCCAUCUCAGUGGAAUUAACACUUAUUAAAUACCAACUGUGUGUAUCUACUUAACACUCCUGGUGUCACUCAGCCGUCAGCUAGAAAUUGUUCUCCAUUUUUCUAGAGGAGAAAUAAAAUUUAAAGAAAAGGACUUGC